AUGGCCAGGAGGAUGACGAAGGCCUCGGUGCUUCUCUACCUUCUCACUGCUUCCAUCCUCUGUUCCCCCGCCAUUGGAGGCGACACUGUCACACCCAACCGACCUCUCGUCGACGACGGAGGAACCAGCUUAAUUUCCGCUGGUGGCAGCUUCGAAUUGGGCUUCUUUAGCCCCGUCGGUUCUACCAACAGCUACAUCGGCAUAUGGUACCACCGCAUCCCGGUCCAGACCGUGGUCUGGGUUGCCAACGGCCAGCGGCUGGUCACCGGCACCGGCCGUUCUGGAAAGUUGUACACGGACGGAGCACUUGUGAUCACCAACAGCAGGAGUCAAAAUCGAGAUUUCGUUGGGAAUUUGAGGCUUUGGAAGAGCUUUGAUUUCCUGACGGACACACUUCUGCCAAGCAUGAAGAUCGGAUGGAACCUGACGAGCAGGUUGAACCGCAACCUCACGGCAUGGACGAGCGUCAACGAUCCGACGCCGAGUGAGUACGACAUUGGUUUCGACGUGCACAGGGUUCCGCAGAUAUUUCUGUGGUCCGGGAGCUGGCGGUACUGGCGCGGGGGAUCAUGCAAUGGCCGCUAG